GACAGCCCUCUGAAAUUUAUUUACAAAAAUCAUACUUUAAGCAUGUUGCAGCGCCUGUCGCGUGGAUUCCCCUUCUUGCGAAGAUGUGGCAGUCGGAUGGCCUCCUCGAUGCCCACAAAUCAGGUGCAGCCGGGCGAGGAGGAGGCGGAGGUCAGUGCGACUUUGAAGAGGAUUCGCGCGGAAUUGGCCGCCGAUAAGCAGAGGCUAAAGUGGAGGACGCCCAUUGGCGACCGGCCGGAGGAUUGGAGCAGCAAGCUGAAGCUGUUCUCGAACGCGGAACAGACCUCCGACUUUAUUGUGAUGAUGCAGAAGCCCAUCGACCUGAGUCCCCGGAACAUUCGGCAGUGGUGGGACAACCGGGAGGAGCGAAUCGAGCGGCACAUGCAACAGUUUGUCCCCGAGAGACACAAGAUUCUGGGCGCCGAGUUGGCUGCCGCUCAUUUCAUCCUGUACCGCGGUGGCGCCGCCAAAUUCGUCAACGAUUCGCGCUGGCAUCGGGCCACCGAGGACGGCGAAUUCAACCUGCCCAAUAAGUUCGAUCCCGGCUAUAAAGUGGAAGCCCUGAGGUGUGACAACAUGGUCCUCUACUACGAGGGAUUGGAGAAUCUGCGCUGCCUGGAUUCGCUCAAGUUUCUGUCCUUCCACAACGUCAAAACCUUCGAUGACUGGUGUCUGGACAGGAUUUCGGGUGGUGGCUUUCCGCAGCUGGAAGUCUUGGAUCUCUCGGGUACCCAAAUCACCACCAAUGGACUGGCCUGCCUGUAUCGCCUGCCGAAACUUAAGCUACUAAUCCUGGAUGAUCCCAAGGAGACUCUGGAGUUGGAAUUGUCCACGUCCAUGCUGGAGGAGUCCAUGCCCGCUCUGAAAAUUGUGGGCGCCGAUGCUAUUCACAGCCUAGGCUAAAUUU